AUGCGUGUGCAGAAGGGGAGUGCAACGUUACAUGGCGAAAUCUCCGCCCUCGAAAACUCCGGCCGCCUGCCCGCCUCCGCCUACGCCGGCGCCACCAUGUACACGACCCUGUCCCCCUGCGACAUGUGCACGGGGGCCUGCAUCCUGUACAAGGUGGCCCGCGUUGUCAUCGGCGAGAACAAGACCUUCGUCGGCGGGGAGGACUAUCUCCGCCAACGGGGCGUCGAGGUUGUGGUCUUGGAGAACGCCAAGUGUCGAGACAUGAUGGGCAGCUUUAUCAAGGAAAAUCCGGGCAUUUGGCACGAGGAUAUCGGGGAGCAAUGA